AGUUGCUAUGACAACUUUUACAUUCUGUUCGAUUGAAGCGUGCCAAAGUCAAAACAAACAGGGUAAUUCUUCAGCCUCUUUUGCUGGUAAAGUGCUCUCAGUACUUGCACUUACUAUCAAACACCAUGCCCUCUGAAACUUACGAUGAUGAUGACGAUGAACAAGAAGGGCCAAAAAGUUCUUUUGGCACUUAUUUAGCUGAAGGAGAUGCUCUUUUUAAGCAAGGUGAAUACAAAAAAGCCUUGGAGAGUUAUAGUUUGGCAUUAGAACUACAACCGGAAGAUAAAAUAUGUUUAGUUGCACGCUCUAAGUGUCAUUUAAAGCUUGGCGAUCCUCAGAAAGCAUUACAAGAUGCUGAAGAAGCCCUAGCAGAGGACAAAGAUUUUAACAAGGGGUUGUAUCGAAAAGCUGAAGCCCUAUAUUGCAUGGGAGAUUUUGAGUAUGCACUUAUGUAUUACCACAGAGGACAUAAGUUGCGUCCCGAACUGGAUGAGUUUCGAUUAGGAAUACAGAAAGCACAGGAAGCCAUUGAUAACUCUAUUGGAAGUGCUGCUAAAAUUAAGUUGGAGAACAAAGGAGACUUAUCAUUUUUUACAAAACAAGACGACCUUGGUAAUAAAAAACGAGGGUACACGAAACCUACUAGAAACAAGUUAAAACCAACUAUUGCUCACCGCAAUAAGGAAGCAAAGACACCUCCUCCAUCAAAAAAGACAGUGAAACAACUACUUGGAGAGCUAUAUGCUGAUAGGGAAUAUCUGGAAAAGCUUAUGAAGGAUGGAGAAUUUAUCAACAGCAAUCCAAACCGCCCCAUAUAUGAACUUGUGCAGGGCGGCCUGAAUUAUCUUGACACUAGAACAGAGUUUUGGCGACAACAAAAACCACUGUAUGCUCGAAAGACAGACCAGAGUAAGCCUCGUAAAAAGAAAUCCAAACCGUCUGUUGGAAAGUAUGUGUUGAAGCAGCUCGAAGAAAUUGAUGAAGCUUUGUCAUCUGGUGACCCACAUCGAAGCAUUCGACUUGCCAACGCACUUCUCAAGCAUGUCAACAGUAUAAAGAAACACGACCUUCCGAAUAAAGAGGAAGUGAUCGCCAAUAUUCAUUCGUGUAUUGGAAAUGCACAUGUCGAGCUGGUGCAAUUACCGAAAGCACUUAAACACCAUCAGAAGGAUUUGGAGAUUUCUACCAAGAGUAAGUUGCAAGAUGGUAAAUCACGUGCUCUUGACAAUGUUGGCCGUGUAUACGCAAGAAUGGGACAAUUCGAAAAAGCUGUAGAAAGCUGGACCGAGAAACUACCUUUGGUGAAAACACCCCUUGAAAGCACGUGGCUGUUUCAUGAAAUUGGGCGAUGUCAUUUAGAAUUAGGAGAAUGUGAGGACGCAAAAAACUAUGGCUUAAAAUCUCUCGCCGCGGCGAAAGAUUGCGACGACGAAUUAUGGCAACUCAAUGCGUCCGUUCUUAUCGCGCAGUCUGAAGUCAAACUUGGUAACUUAAAUGAAGGCGUGGAUGCGUUUAACGAUGCGUUGGUGUUAGCAACUUCGUUAUCAGACCUCGCUGCCGAAGCUGCCAUUACUAAAGCUCUAGACGAUCUGAAAAAGAAAUUACACGAGGAUUCUGAUGACCUCUCUGAUAAAAGGGGAACAGAUUCAGAUAACGAAUCAGAUUUAUCGCACAAGGAUGGAGACCGCUCUGACGCUGAAAGCGAACACAGUGAAACUGAAGAGACGCGGCGAGGUAAAGUUACAGAUGGUGUCAGAUCUACGGAUAGUAGCGAUGAAGAAGAAACACAUGUAGAUAUAGAUGCAGAGGAUACCCCAAGAGAUGCAAGUGACGCUGAUACUACUCCUCGCAAUAAAAACGACGUAGAUGAAGAAAGUGACGCAGAAUAUAUCCUAAAAGAUGCAAGUAAAAAUAAUGAGGAUGAAAAAGCUGACGCAGAAGAUACUCCGAGAGAUGUGAGUGAAUCUGAUACUAGUCCUCGAGAUAAAAACGGCGUAGAUAAAGAAAGUGACGCAGAAGAUACCCCAAGAGAUGCAAGUGACACCGAUAGCUCUCCUCGUGAUAAAAACAAUGAGAUUGAAAAAGGUGACGCAGAAGAUACCCCAAGAGGUGUAAGUGACGCCGAUAGCACUCCUCACAAUAAAAACAGUGAUGAUGAAAAAGCUAACGCAGAAGAUACGCCAGGAGAUGCAAGUGACACCGAAAGCACUCCUCGCGAUAAAAACAACAAGGAUGGAAAAGGUGACGAAGAAGAUACGCCAAGAGUUGCAAGUGACGUCGAUAGCUCUCCUCGUGAUAAAAACAAUGAGAUUGAAAAAGGCGACGCAGAAGAUACCCCAAGAGGUGUAACUGACGCCGAUAGCACUCCUCACGAUAAAAACAGUGAUGAUGAAAAAGCUAACGCAGAAGAUACGCCAGGAGAUGCAAGUGACAUCGAAAGCACUCCUCGCGAUAAAAACAACAAGGAUGGAAAAGGUGACGAAGAAGAUACGCCAAGAGUUGCAAGUGACGCCGAUAGCACUCUUCACGAUAAAAAUGACGAUGACGAAAAAGGUGACACAGAAGAUACUCCGAGAGACGAACGUAAGGUCGAUGGAAAACAGCGUGAUGAAAAGGAAGAAGGGGAUAUGGAAGCCACUUUGAAAAAGGAGGAUACACAAGAUUCCCUGCGUGACGAUGUGGUAGGUGAGGCAGAAGACACGCAAGGGGAAAAGAGGAAGGAUACUUCGCAUGAUGGGAGUGAUACUGAGAUUAACUCCCGCAUAAAAGACGCUGAUCACGACAAUAAUGUUGAUAGAAAGGAGAAAGAAACAGAUGACAACGAGAAAGAAGAUGAGAGAAUCAAAAGUGAAGAAGCUGGCGAUGAAGACAAUAAUGAGAAUGUUGCAAAUACUAAAGUGAAAGAAGUUUCGCGUCACGAAACGAGUAACGACGAUACGCUGCUUAAAAAAGAUAACAGCACAGUCAGCGGAAAGGCUGAAGAUGACAAAGUUAACAACGAAGGGAGUAGUGACGGAAACAAGAAUGACGAGAAGAAACAGGAUAGUAGAGAAAACUCUACUUUUGAAGAUGAAACAUCUAAAAAAGAUCUACCGAUUGACGAACAGAAUGGUAGAACGGACGGUGACCACGUUGAAGAAGAUGCGGCUAAAGGAAAAAGCGAAAACGCGAAAGGAGAUCUAGCGGCGUCAAAUAACAAAGAUAGCGAUGAAGGUAAAGAUGAAGAGGAUGAACUUAACAACAACAAAGAAAAGAAAGGGGAUUCAGAUAGCACGAAGUUAUCUCACGAGGAUGCAUCUGUUAGUAACGAAGAGAGUGCGAAGCAAGAAGGCGUUGACCAAGCUGGAAGUAACAAUACUCACGUUGACGAAAAGGAUGACGUGGAGAGCGCCAACAAAACUGAUGAUGAGACAGACGACGAAAAAGAUGAAUACAAAGUGUCGAAGGUUUCUGAUGAUAAACAAGGUGAUGAUAAUGAGGAAGAAGUAAAGAAUCUCACUCCGCAAGAGACAUCACGAGUUGCUGAACAAUCUGAGUCGUAUUUGGAUGACUCGCAUUUGGAUGACUCGAAAGUGAAUGAUAUUACCUCUGAUAAGAAAGAUACUCAAGCUGAAGUGGAAGAUACCUCUCACACAGAUAAAAAUGAGUCCAUUUCUGAUAAAGAAAGCAAUAACUCUGUCGUUAAUGAACAAAACUAUGAGACGAACAAAAUGAACAGUGAUAACGGCGGUGAUAACGAGAUAGGUGACCAGACACAAGAUGAUAAGAGGCCUGAGUCAGGUCACAAGAAAACUGACGAAGAGUCCAAUGUACAGGAGAAAAAUAGUGACGCCCAAAAGAAAAAUAGCGACGUGUUGUCACCUGAUAAGGGGGAUAUUGACAGAACUCAUAGUAAGAAGGAUCGCAACGAGACCCUUGAUGAUAAAAAUAGCGGUGACGAGACCUCUGGUGACAAAAUUAGCGGGGACGAGACAUCUGGUGACAAAAAUAGCGGUGACGAGAACCCUGGUGAGAAAAAUAACGGUGACGAGACCUCGGGCGACAAAAAUAGUAGUAACGAGACCUCUGGUGACAAAAAUAGAACUCCUGAGACAUCUACCGACUAUAAGAACAGUGUCGAAUCUUCUUCGUGAUGCAAACCAGAAUUUAAAGUAAUUUAAGUCAAACAUUCCUAUUCUUCGUUGGACGUAGAUUGCGUAGCAGGAGCUGUAUUUUUAUGCGUAAAGCACACGCUUAAUAAAGUGAUUAUAGAGAUAAUAUAUUUUUCAAGGGCUGUUCAGCCCGUUUUUUAUUUUAGAGUACUGAUGUAAUUAAACAUGUAGAUAUAAUAAUUCUAACACACCAA